UGCUGAAGGUGAUUGUGGCUGUUGUGUUGGACUGGGGUUUAUAGAGAAAUGCAAGUGAAUGGAUAAAAAAUGGUGGCCAUGGAUGGUUUCUGAAUUUGAUUUUCUCUCCUACCCUAUUGCAUUUGCAUUCAUAGGAUAGAGUGAGUGUUGUGGAAAUUUCCCAUUUAGCAUGUGGUUUACAAGGUCUUCUUGUCAAAUAUAUAGAUGGAUGAUGUGCAACCCAUCACACAUGGAAGUGGUUCUAUCUCUAUCCCUACAUUGUCCACAUCAAGGGAGCCUUCCCUGAAGGCACUUGCUGAACAUGGCAUUGGUUGUGUAAUUGUCUUUGAAUACUUAUUUUUCCAGUCACAGGUCAAGGAUGAGGGUACUGCAAGGAAGGAUUUGCAGCAGGAUCUGACAGUGAUUGUCAGAAAGUAUCAGGAAUCAGGUGUCCAAGAUAUUGUUAAUACAUGCAUUACAGAAGCCUUCCAGCAGCAUGGUGAAAGUGUGGAUGAUUUAUGCCCUGUGCUUGUGGGUAUAGCACAGGCAAACCAGAUGUCAAAGAAAUUCCUGAAAUGAAAAAAAAAGAUAAUUUCAACUUUCUGCACUUCACUGUUCUUGUGUCUUUUUUGAAAUCCCCUUUUGCUGUGGAGAAUCCUGUGAAAUUUGGAAUCUGUUUGUUAUUGUAUACAUGCAUGUCCUCUCCUAUAGUCCUGUACAACCUUCAAAUUUGAGACCUGAUUUCUUGCUGUUAGAAGUUGGGAAUUCAUGCUGCUGUUGUAUAACCCUAUAUAGAUUGCUGGAAUCUGGCAAUUUGUACAACAAUGUCCAAAGUCUCAUAUACAUCCAAUCUGCCACCACAAUCUUACUUUUCU